AUAAAUUUUCUAUCAUGAAGAUCUCGGAGACAACCAUUCAGUGAUGCUUAUGUGCACCAUGGAGACAGCCAUCAUUCCCAGACCACCAGCACUUCCUUCCCUUCCUGGAUUUACCUCUUCACCCCCUCCACCGCCUCUCCCUGAACCAAAUCAACCAAAACCGCCUGAAAUUCCUUCAAAGUCACCAACGGGUCCUCCUCCUCCAAAACCUCCUAAUUUAACAUCACCAGAAAUUACUUCUUUCAAACCUCCUCCAACUCCUCCAAAAAAUUCGUCUUUCUGCACAAGUACCCAAAAUUAUUCCAAAACUACUUCAAAUUCAUCAAAAUCCCACGACUAUUCGAGUGUGAAAAGUAGCAAAAGUACGGGUUCCAAUGGGUUUCGACUUGUGGACGACAACUGUGAUUCCGGUAGUGUAUACAGUGCUUACAAACAGAAAAUCGAUCAAAUGUUCGAUUCCGACUCUAGUUUGAACACUAAAAAUAGUGCGCAAGUCAGGAUUGACAAGAUGUUUUCCGAAGUUCCUAAAGAUAUCAAGAUAGAAGAGGAUAGUGUUGGUGUGCACAGUUUCACUGUUGACUAUUUAGGUUCGGUACCUCUGAACGAUAAGGUGACUAGUCUUGCUGGUCUUCAGGGGCCCUUGAAAGAUCUUUAUUUCGCUUAUAAGAAAAUAACUAAACCUAGAAAGAUGCUCACUGGGAGAUUGGAGAUAUCUAGUCAGGGACUGAGGGUGCAGUAUCAGGGAGAAAAAGGUGACUUGGAGCAGAUGAACUCAUUUCCUACCAUAGCCGUUUGGUCAGCUGUGAAAUUUGUGAUAAACGACCACGACUCCUCUAGGAUAUCAUAUGCUUUUCUUCCCCUCAUCACCGAUCCAGAUAAUAUCGAUAAAAGAACGCUUUUCAGAAAUCUGGACAUACACGAAGGAAAAUACAUAAAUGUCGAUGACCAUUCACCUCUAUUCGCUGUGGUAAUGAGGAAGAUCGGCAUACAUAAGCAACUAGAGUGCCAUGGUUUCGUUUGCCAAACAUCCGAGGAUGCGAUAGUUAUAGCAGCAACUCUAUAUAAGUCCUUGAUGUCUCAAAUGAAGGCCAAAGCAAAGAAACCCAAGAACAGAAACGGAGUGACUUGCAUGUCGAUAGCUUCAAGUGUAUACAAUGAAAAUUGCAGCAAUGGACCUCCUGUUAGGCCGCCUAGAAGAAAAAGAAGCACUACCUCUUCCAUUAUAAGUGACACAGAAAUGUCUAAUUUAGAUCAAUCUUCAGAUACUCAACCGCUGCUGCAAUCGGCCACAACAAAGAUUCCGAAGAAAAGUACAAAGACGAAGAAAGCGCCCAGUGCUCCUUCGACGAAACAAGAAGACUUAGAUGCCAUAACUCCCUAUGAGGAACCCGUAAAAGUAACCGAAAUGCGCAGCCAAAGUGACAACGCCGACAAUUCUAACGAAAAUGAUGAGAUCAAGGAGAUCAAACCUCCAACAUUCACUGAUAAAAUCAGUACGUUCAUGAGCCGGGAACAGAAGCAGAUCACAGCUGAAAUAAAACAGAUGAUGGGUGGAAACAACGAUACCCAGACGGGUUUAAAAAGGCUACAGAGUCUGAGGAGAAAAAACGAAAUAGUGAGAAAAAAAGAAAACUCAGGGGAUAUAUUGACCAAAGUCACUAUUCCAAGAUCUGGCAGUUUUCUCAAUGCUGGUGGACUGACCAGAUACAAAUCUAAAGUGACGAGAAGAACCCUCUUUUCCAGAGCAAAUGGCCAAGCAAGCGGUGGAUCACCUAUAGGGUUCAACGAGCUCUUCAGUGAGUUUCGUCAGCACGAGGGCCUCCACUCCAUGGACGAAAUACUUGGAGUAAUCAUCGACUCCAAUGGAAUGUCCUUCAACGAUCUCAAGCCCAUAUACAAGGAGUUUCUAUUAAAACUAUCCGUGACACUAACAAAAGAUGAACUGUAUCAAAGAUCAAAAUCCAUAAUGAGGCGACAGAAGAAAAAAAUCCUCAAGAAGACUCAGGUCAAAUCUCACCGCUUGAAAAUUGGAGGGAAAUUUAGAAGACUGAAAUUGAUACUGCGAAAGAAUUUCAGGCUGAGGUUGUGCAGAAAAACGAAGAAACACAAAUUGAACAUAGAAUCUGCCCAAACGAAACUACCGGAGAGUUCUAUAUCGUCAUCUUCCUACGAUACUAGGCAUUUUACACCUAAAGAAGAAAUACAAACCACGAAAAAGCAGGUGCAGAAGAAGAAAUCUCAUGACUCGAGAGCCAAGAGAGACAGGUUAAGUACAUCCGAAGAAAGUGAUUUUUUGUCAGUGAGAAGGCCUAAAGCACCGAAUGCACUUAACGUUAACCCACAUAGAAACUCUUCUAGCGGUUAUGUUUCCUGUUCAGAUUGUUCAUAUGACAGUGACAGCUGUACGUGUACUUCAGCAGAUAAAUGUUACUGUAGUUUGGGAAACAAACAGUACAAUAAGAAAAAGUGCAAAUCCAAACAAGACAACCUACCUAACGAUAAUUGUCCCUGUCUCGAUGGUACCUUGACAUUUUGUGGCUGCGAUACAGACAGUUGCACCGAGAGCAACAAAUGUUAUUGUCCAAGAUCCCAGAAAACAACACCCAUACUUGAGCAACUCAAACAGAAAGGCAUCGUACCCCAACCUGAAAAACAUAGAAAAUUAUGCAAGAAAAGCUCCAACACAAAAAGCACCAAAAGUUUAGAAUACCUUCGUUACCCUGGUGAUUCUUACUACGAUAGACUGAAAACAUUGUCAAGACCAAUAGACCCCUACUAUAGUUAUAACUACAGCCAGGGUGGCAACAGAGGACAAAGGUAUAGUGAACCUGUACAGUACGACCUAUUUUCUAAUUAUGAAGACUUCCGGAAGUACAAAGGUGUUGGAAUGUUUCCUAGAGCUUUGAGCGAAUCAGAACGAAUUGGAUUGCUUAAACAAAGUUCUUCGAGAGCCUACAAGUCAACCAAAUAUGGAUCCAACAAAAAAGAAAUGAAAUUACAAGAUGCCACCAUAGCUUCUUCAGCAACUUGCCACGAAGCUCUGUCAGUCAAGAAAACUGCAGAAAUAGCAGCUCUUUUUGCCGACUUGAAGCUGAACCAAACAACGGACUUGAAACACUUGGACAGGUUCGAAAGAUCAAUGAACCCUGUUGUAGCGUCGAAUAACAUUUACAAUAGUUUCAAAAGCCACGGUUCCGUACCUUGCAGAAACUUAACAUACGCUGACAUCCAAACUAAAGCACAUCAUGGACGUAUGAUACAAAACACUCUGUACAGCAGCGGCAGGAAUUUCUACAAAUCAACAAACCCGCAGCUGUUCAGCUCAAAAAAUGGUUUGUAUACUAUUCAGAGUCAAUCAGAUGACUCGAGAAGAUCUAGUAUCGGUAACAGAAAAGAGGACCCAAGAAAUUACCUCCAUGGAAAUCAUCAUUAUCAUAUGUUGGAUGGUGACAUCAAUAGCUUAGAGAAUUCCCUUGGGUACUUGCCAUGACAUAUUUGGAGCUUUUUAUCGAGUGUAAAAAAUUGUAAAUCAAAUGGUGAAAGCUCUUAUAUAAUUGAUUUUAUUAAUUCUGAAAUUGUCAAUUAUUUCUCUCAACUUUCUUCAGAAUCCUUCAAUAAUUUUUGAAGUUGUACACUGUAUAUUAGUAUAUUAAUAAAAUUUGAUAUCUCAUGUAUAAUAAUAAUAUGUAGUCCGAAGUUUAUGUUGAAAAUAUUUUAUGAAGGUUACUUGUAUAUAAAAAUUGGGGUGAUUUUUUGGUGAUUGGACGGGAUUCUUAGAGAUUAAAUAUAACAUAUUAUGUUUACAAUAUAAUCUCUCUAUUUGUUGAUAUUGAAAAUUUAUUCCAUUUUAUUGAAGGAGUUCAUCGUUCUUUAACAAUUAAAAAUAGGGAACCUGGUGUUUACUUGCUCGCUUUUCAUAUUACCAUGUUCAUUCUUCUAAGACUUCUCUUAUCUGUAAUCUGUAUCUAAUCUGUAUAAUAUUACGAUUCUUUUAUUAUAUUAGUGAUAAUUCUACUGUGCAAUAUUAAAUCAAAGAUAUUUUAUUUCAAAUUUUGGGACAAGUGCAAUUUUUUGUCAAUUUUUUCCAAUAAAAGUUUACUUUAUUUA